CUUGGCUUUGAAGAAGAGCUGGUUCCAGCAGUUUUGUGUGGUUUGCUGUGAGUCCUGCUGCAGUGAGCUGAGCCGAGAGCAUGGCCAAGCAGGGAAACCAUGACUUGGAGGAGUGGGCAUUGCUGGAUCUUUCACAGAAGAAUAUCUACAAAGAUAUGAUGCUGGAGACAUAUAUGAACCUCACUACUAUAGGAUACAAUUGGGGAAAUCUUGAAGUUGAAGAACAUUGUCAAAGCUCUCAAAGACAUGAAAGGCAUAUAAGAGCACACACUGGAGAGAAACCAUAUGAAUGCAAUCACUGUGGUAAAGCCUUUGCAGAUCAUAGUCAUCUUCAAAGGCAUGAAAGAACACAUACUGGAGAGAAACCUUAUGAAUGCAAUCAUUGUGGUAAAGCCUUUGCAGAUCAUAGUCACCUUCAAAGGCAUGAAAGAACACACACUGGAGAGAAACCCUAUGAAUGUCAACAGUGUGAUAAAUCCUUUGCACAUAACAGACAUCUUCAAAGGCAUAAAAGAACACAUACUGGAGUGAAUCCCUAUGAAUGUAAUCACUGUGGUAAAGCCUUUGCAGAUCAUAGUCAUCUUCAAAGGCAUGAAAGAACACAUACUGGAGAGAAACCCUAUGAAUGCAAUCACUGUGGUAAAGCCUUUGCAGAUCAUAGUCACCUUCAAAGGCAUGAAAGAACACACACUGGAGAGAAACCCUAUGAAUGUAAACAGUGUGAUAAAUCCUUUGCACAUAACAGACAUCUUCAAAGGCAUAAAAGAACACAUACUGGAGUGAAUCCCUAUGAAUGUAAUCACUGUGGUAAAACCUUUGCAGAUCAUAGUCAUCUUCAAAGGCAUGAAAGAACACAUACUGGAGAGAAACCCUAUGAAUGCAGUCACUGUGGUAAAGCCUUUGCAGAUCAUAGUCAUCUUCAAAGGCAUGAAAGAACACACACUGGAGAGAAACCCUAUGAAUGUAAACAGUGUGAUAAAUCCUUUGCACAUAACAGACAUCUUCAAAGGCAUAAAAGAACACAUACUGGAGAGAAACCAUAUGAAUGCAGUCACUGUGGUAAAGCCUUUGCAGAUCAUAGUCACCUUCAAAGGCAUGAAAGAACACAUACUAGAGAGAAACCCUAUGAAUGCAAUCACUGUGGCAAAGCCUUUGGAGAUCAUAGUCAUCUUCAAAGGCAUGAUAGAACACAUACUGGAGAGAAACCCUAUGAAUGCAAUCACUGUGGUAAAGCCUUCGCAGAUCACAGUCACCUUCAAAGGCAUGAAAGAACACAUACUGGAGAGAAACCCUAUGAAUGUAAUCUGUGUGAUAAAGCCUUUGCAGAUCACAGUAAUUUUAAAACACAUGAAAUAACACAUACUGGAAAGAAACCCUAUGAAUAUAAUCUGUGUAAUAAAGCCUUUGCAUAUCAUAGUUAUCUUCAAAUAUAUAAAAGGAGACAUACAGGAGAGAAACCCUAUAAAUGGAGUUCCUCAGGCAGGUGGUUCUAG